GUUCUUCCUCAGUGCGUGCCUUACGCGGACACCGUGAAGUACUAGUCUCGUACUCGUGCGGCGGUUACGUGGCACGCGCGCUUUUCGCGGAAGGACGGGAAGAGAGGAGAAAAAAGCAUCCGUAGAAAAGAAGGAAAAGCCAGGAGGUGCGAGACACGGGGGAGGACGUGGGAAGGAGCGAAGAAAACUCGGCGGACAAGGAGUGAGGGAGCCAGAAAGAAGCGCAAGAUAGAAGGAAGAAACAUACAAGAGAGAGAGGCAGGAAAGGAGGACGAAGAGGGAGGGAGAAAGGGGGCGCCAGAGCGAACCGCCGAGCGAAGGGGGCGAGUAUCUCUCGCGAGCGCGUCGUCUUCGUAGUCUUGCCUCUCGUUUACCGAUAGAUCAUCGAUAAAAGAGAGAACGGAAAAAUUAGGGAAGGGAUAUUUCUCUCUCUCUUUUCAAACCUUCCAAACGUACCUUCCAAAAAUUCAAACGUCAUCGUGGAUCCAGGACAGUGGCCCUUCAUCAUCGAUCCGCAUCUCGGGAUCUUCGGACGCAUCUCGGGAUCUUGGACGGCGAGAAAUCCGUCUAGAAAUCAUCGACAGCAUCGUCGAGAGUUAGUGGUGAGUCGCGUUUAUUCGACCUAGUUCUGUGAUCAAGACGAUCGAAGAGAAAAAAAAGUACAAUUGACAACUGACAGUAUUGACAGAAGCGAGAUCGUUGAUCCCGUAACGAGUUGAUAUCGGCGCUGACAGUUGAUGACGCGAAGUUGGCUGCGAAAACGUCACACCCGGUAACUCGACAAGUGUCCGGGACCUGAAGUUGUCGCUUUCACAAAAAUUUAACGCGAUGUGACGCGAAGAGAAGCUUCUGUAUCGACGUCCUCAUCCUCAGGAUUUUUCAUCGAGGAAAGGAGAAGAACGCAAAGAAAGAAUAUUCCUGAGGCACUCGACGGAUCUCGAGAACGAGAUCUUGAGGGGGAGAAGACGUCGCCCUAGGUUUGAAAUCGAGGAACAAAGCGGCGAAGAGAGACAGAAGAGGCGUAAAAGUGAUAUGGAUGCUGGAGGCGGGAAUCGCACACGCGUUGCGCCGCUGCUGCGUUUUUUUUACACGCAACGCUCGAACAAGGUCGUGCGCGAGUGGAAUGACCGUGAUUUGAACGAAUUAUUGUGCGCGCGCGCGCGGGCGCGUGCCCGCUUCGACGAGGGAGACGGACGAUGACAUUGUCGCUCCUCACCGAUAUACGUGCACGGAUACACGCGGCUGCUGCCGCCCCCCUUCUCCCUUCUCCCGUUCCUGGUCCGCUUCCUUCGGUCCGACUGGUUGCCACGAGGAUUUCUUCUUGCUCUCCAAGCUUGAAUCGCUCCUCUGGCUCCGCUUCGAAGUGAAAAAGGCGUAAAUCGUCGCAAGAUGGCGUCUAACGAGGAUGGCGAUUUGAUCGACCUCGGAAACGACGCGUGUGUUCCACGUGUCGCAGUGGAUGAUGCGACAGCCGAGGAACAAGAGCACCUGCUCGACGUGUGUCCUCCGAAACUGGAGCAGAAGCUCUUCCUCACCAGGCAGCAGGAGCAAGUGCUGGAUAGCACCGAUAAGGGUGAUAUUCUGGUGACCUUGGGUCACGAUCAGGUGGUACCGAUUCGCAAGAGGAUCGAUGUAGUGUCAUCGGACACAAUUAAGCGGAUUCGCGAUAUCACCAAGAAUCUCGAACCGGUGAUACGUAGGACUUGCAUCAACGAGGAGAUCCAACAGGACACGGUGGACCACGCGACCUUGGACGAAAGGACGAAGCGCUCGACGGCGAAGCAUGAAGACGAGACGUAUGAAGCGCGGGAGAUAAAUAACGCCUUCGAUUUUCUCUCCGAGCACGACGACAAUGAGGACCGAGCGGAAACAAGCUCGGGCCGCCCGAAGAACGAGAACGUCAACGUGAAUCGCUCGCUAUCCUCCAUGCGUCUCUUGACCGAGAAGGAGGAAACGGUCAAUUACCCUUUCGAGUCAUCGUCCAGGACCUCGAGCGAGGAAACGACCGGGGGAAGUGACACGGAGGAGAGGAUAGAUGUCGUCAUGGCGAACGAGUACGAUGUCCAGCUGGACAAUCCGGCCUUCGAGUCCUCGCCGGACUCGAAAAAGUGUCGCGAGAAGGAUGCGGUCGAAGACAAAUCCUUCUUCGUCGAUCUGGAGCCACACACGAGAGUCGUCCUUAAGAGACGCGGUCAGGAGGACGUCGCGUUCGAGCGCGGAAGCAAAAAACGCUUCUUCCGAGAGCAACAUCGUAAAUCGUGGACGGAAGGGACGAGGCUGAAUGCAGCUUUUACCGAUGAGCUUCCCGGUAUCGAUAGAUCCAUCAGUCUUGAAGAGUAUCACUGUGUCCCGUCGACCUCCGACGUCGAUCGUGGAUUGUCCAGCUUUCUGACGAGCCAGCCACCGGAAGCGGAAUCGGCGACUGGCGUCGAGGACGGGUGCUCCGAUGGUUCCGAAGUGGAUUGGUCUUGGCUCGAGGAAGUGGAGUGCCUGCGGACCGCGGAGCCUCUCGCCAGCGGUGAACGCGACGGCGAGCAAGAGGGGGACGCUCCUUCCCCCACUGAUGAAGGCGGGGGACGCAGGCGCGCCUGCGAUCGUCGCGAGACGGCGGCAACCCGCAGUGCCGCGAUGUCCGUCACCGCGACGGCAAAGUCCCCGGCAAUCGGUGGCUCGCGGUGGCCAUCCCCCGGAGGCGCGCUUUUCCUCGAUCGUCAAAACAACAACAACGUCGGUCGGCAUCGCAAUGUCAACAACACCGACGAGGACGUCGACGGCGACGACGACAACGAGGCCGAGCGCUGCAACGCUACGAACGAGGCGGUCGAUCGCGAAAAUCGCUACGGCCCGACGACGACGACGACGACGUCGGCGACCGCCACUAGCUCCUCGACCGCCGGCUCUAUCGCCGCUACCGCCAACUCGUGGAUGCGCGCGUCCAUGCGGCGUCUGCGUCACCUGCGGCUACCCGAAGGCGCGACGCGCGAGCCGGCCAAUCGGCGAGCCGCGUCCGUCUCGGCGCCGAAUUCGCUGCCGGACAUCGCGCUGAUCGCCCCGGAGAUACUCGCGGCGCAGACGAACGGCGGGACUUCCGGCGCGCUGCUGCGACCCUCGAGCGCGCCCGCGAGAAACGCGGCCACCCCCGCCCCCGCCAGCGUCGCGACGCCGCGUCGUGCCGGCCGGCAGUUCACCGGCGGUGGCAGGUCGCGGGACGCGCGAAAUCGGGAAGCAGCCUCCUCGAGGCAGGGCAGCCUCGGCUCCACGACCACGGCCAGCGAUAUUACCGCGUCCGGCAACACGACCUGCUCCAGCGCCGCUUCCACCAGCCCAGCCUCCAGCACGGUGACCACUCCGCAACGUGCCACUUCGAGAAGGAUAUGCGAGAGGCAAAGGGAUGCUGACAGGCGAAACGACAACAGGAACGAGGAUGACGACGAGGAUGAAAAUCCUCUCGGGAAGUGGCCGCACGCUUUCAGUUCGGUCCUCGCGUGUCUCGGCUGCACCUUGGGACUUUUUAAUAUCAGUAGAUUCGCCAUUCUUAGUGUACAGUUUGGAGCAAACUUCAUUGUACAGUUCCUGAUUUUAUCAUUUAUACUGGGCAUCCCGCUACUGACGUUACAAGUAUGUCUUGGGCAAAGACUGGCGGCCGGUUCCGUGGAUAUGUGGAGAAUUUCGCCGCUUUUUCAAGGUGUCGGAAUAGCCCUGCUAACCGCACAGGCUUUUAUCGGCAUCUACAGCAUAGUCGGAGUAUCGUGGAUGUUCGUGUAUUUCAGAGAUUCGUUCAUAACGAAGCAGGACAGGUAUCGAUGGGCGGAGCCGUUUCUUCUCUAUCGAGAUGAUAGCCGUCCCACGCACAAUACCACAUCGUACAAAUUAUACGAGACGGUUCCGGAUUACUUUAGCGGCGCCGUAUUACAGAGACACCACUUGAACGAAGCCGAUCCCGGUGCCGUCACAUUAAAGUUUCAAGUGGCCUUCAAUUUAGCCGUCGUGUGGAUGAUUGUAUUUGUUUCGCUGAGUAAAGGACUGAGAUCUUACGGAAAGGUUGUGUACGUUUUUACGCUGGUGCCCGCAUUCGGUACAUUAGUCCUUUGCGCAAAGAUGCUAGGACUUACUCCGCCGACAGGUUCAGUGGGUCAAUAUUUCCCUGCCACUGUUUGGAGCGAAUUCUUCAUUAAUGGAAAGUCAUGGGUGGCUGCUUCAAACGAGGUCUUCCUCACGUGGGGUUUACUCGGUGCGGCCGCUAUGCAGAUAGCGGCUCACAACAAGCACAAGCAGGUCCUGCAGCGAGAUACGACUAUCGUGGUGAUCCUGACAUUUACGGUGCUUCUACUCGGGGCUUUCUUAGCGAAUACCUGUGUACAAAUCCUCAAACUUCACGGUUACAUUUACACCACUAGUUCCUUUGAGAGAAUAUCAGGGUACACGUUUAUGAGGUUCGCCAAUAAACCGGCACCAUCGGGCUACAGCACUACGCCGGAGAGAUUCAUGUCUCACGGGUCCUUCCUCCUUGGUCAACGUGUAAUACGACCUGGCGUGGACACGAGUACCGAGUCCGGAUAUCAGGUGUUACGUCUGGCCACUGAAUUAGUACCCGCGACGCUGGCAUUGUUGGGCACCGAACAGGUGUCGCCGUUCUGGGCGGUUCUAUUUUAUUUUAUCCUCAUCUUAUUUGGGAUCGCACAACAGUUGGCGAUCUGGCAUUGCGUAAUAACUGGUAUAAUGGCAAUCAAUACAAAAAUGAUGAAGCUUUGGGAAACUACCAUUACGUUUUUCAGCUGUGCUUGUGCCUACAUACUCGGAUUGCCUAUGGCUACGGAGUUGGGUAUCUACGUCGUAUACUAUCUGGAUUAUACCGUCGGUGGGGCGUGGUGGAUAAUCGUGCUAUACCUAGUGCAAGUCGGCGCCGUGUUUGCGGUUCGCGGACGGCCGCACACCGGCGAGGCGGUCGUCGCCGAAUUAUUCCCACCGACUAGUGGACGUUGCCUCAGAUAUUGGGCCGGACCUUUGUUAUCCUUCACCUGGAACGUCAUUCUUCCUGUCACUUUGAUGGUUCUCAGCAUCACGAUAUUCAAGAGCAGCGGCUUCCGGGAAUUGUACUCUUAUCGUCGUACGAGCAAAGAUUAUUGGGCUGUUUGGGCAAGGCAACUCGGGACGUCGAUUCAGCUGAUACCGAUUCUGAUGAUACCAGCAGUGGCUAUCAUACAGACGUGUCGAUAUCUGAACAGUGGACCACCCGAUAUAUUCGACAACGAACAAGUGGAAAUAACAGUAAAUCACUGUGAACAGUGUAACGGAAGAAUUCAACUACUUUAUCGGCCACCGUUGGAGCCGGAGGAUCCUCGCGACGCGCAGACCCAAAUCGGGAAUGACACUAACACCGGCAGCUUACACGGUAAUGGAAUCCUGCCUACCGUGACCACGGAAAUACCGUUCGAGGAUCCGCCGCCCAAGUAUACUCCGCCACCGAGCUACACCACGGCGACCGGCGCGAGGAUCGCGAAGAUGCUGCGUCAGAGUUUCCGACGAAGCGUGCGAAGGAUCGCGAAUGUCUUGGGGGAGAGUAGCGCGCCACGACAGAGACCAGCGUUACAACAACCGCCGCCGCCCCCGCCACCGGAUUACGCGACCGUGCUGGUGGAAAUGAAUCAGAGCAUCGGCGUACCGAUUACACGCGAUCAAGUCGCGAUACACGUGCCUUUGGAGCCGCGGCCGGACGUGACCAACAUCGGGAGAAGCGGGCAACAACAGGACGCGGACCGCCGAGCUUCGGACGAGCGUCGGCACGUUCGGCCGAACACCAUCGACCGCGCCAGCCGAAUCGGUAUCGCGAUCGAGAGGUCGCGUGCCAUUGAACGUACUUACUCGUCGACCCUCGACCGAGGGCGCCGAUCGAACAACGUCGCGAACGCCACUCUGUCCGGCUCGAACUUGACGGCCACCGACGUGGCGAACUUGCUGCGUAGCAGUAUACGAAGAGGCACCGCGAGGACGCAUCAAUCUCUGCGUAGGAGCUUUUGCCAUGAGGAGCCGACGACGGCAGCGUCCGUCGAGAAUCUAGUCGAGGCUGCCGCGCCUAUCGGCCAGGACUCCCUAAUCCUAUCGAAGGACGCAUCUCUAGUCUCCGGCGAACAGAUCAACGAGCAUUGUCGCCGCAACGACAACGGCGACGGUAACGACGGCAACGAUGAAAAAAAGACUGCGAGCGAAAUGGAGAGUUCCGUUUCUGUGAUAUAGACUGAGAAUAUCGGCGGUCGCAUCCUAUUGAUGCGCGAUGCGCGCGGCUAAAUCUCAACGCGUUGAUUUUAAAUCAACUUUGAUUCUGAUUAGCGAUUCGCUGCCUCUUUCUAUAAAUUGUAACUUUCUACCUGUAAUGUAGACGGGGAGAAUAUCUUCUUAAUCGGAGUCGCGACGCUAAUUCUCUUGGGUAGUCUCCAGUGUUUGAAUCCUCCUGAAAUUAGAACGUUAUUUUCUCCUCUCGUGUGCCUGAGCAUGUGCGUGUUAUUACUUCGAAGUACUUUUGUAUUCUUACGAGAUAUUUAUUUCUUAAUAUAUAGUAUAUAUAUCUUCGUUAAAUAUUUAGAGAAAAAAUAAAAUUUCGCAUGAUGCAGUUCAAUGCACACUUUCGAAUAUCUUGAACCUUCGCUACAUUUGUAUAUUCAAUGUUAAGAUCUGUUAUAUGAUUUUAGUCCCAUUUAAUUCCAUGAUGAAUGCAAUUUUCUUAUUGGAGUUAAUUAAAAAAAUUCGGAGUCAGAAAUUGCAGCCACAAUU